UGAAAAAAAAAUGUAUUAGAUAAAAUUGUUGAAAGUUCAAUUUAUAUAUUAAGCAGUGUGAAACCGUAGAGCAGCGAAAAAUGAUUAUAGAUUUACGCAAACAAGCAAGUACCCAUACAUACGAACAUAGUUCUACACGUACGUCUGUUUGUUCUACAUUUAUACAUGUACAUACGAAUGAAUGGGGAGUUAUGCAUCAUAUUCUUGAUUAUUUCUCUCAAGGCAUUUGAGGUACCGUUGGAUUGGACUGUUGGAUUGCGCAUCGACACCAAAAACUUUGAGCGUAAAUAUCUACGUACAUAUGUGUGUGUGUGUGUGUAUACAACACACAAGUGUUUGCACGUAUGGGCGCACAAGCAAACAAAUGGCAGCCAAAUAAGGACACGCAACAUUAGUCCGGGCAAACAAAGGGAGGAAGCCCCCCUCUCCACCAAAGAUCAUGCUGGACGGAGGAGCUGGACAGGUCAUGGAUAACAACAACGAGGAGGAGCUGCUGCUGGAGAACACAUGGAGCAACUGGAGCACUUAUGCCCCCGUCCUGCUCUCUAAUGCCAUGAAUAGCAUCUUGGCCAAUCAGACUCCAUUCUCCGGCGAAUUCGGGCCGGAUGGCAAACAGGCCAGUCUGGGCCACAAUCUGAGCAGGGUUUUACCCACCGGCAUCACAGGACUUCCUGUGGCCGAUGAGGAUGCCGCGGCGCCCGUGGCCAGCUUUGCGUUUGUUGUGCCCUGGUGGCGCCAGGUGCUCUGGAGCAUUCUAUUUGGCGGCAUGGUCAUUGUGGCAACUGGCGGCAAUCUAAUUGUCGUCUGGAUUGUGCUGACCACCAAGCGUAUGCGCACCGUCACCAACUAUUUUAUAGUGAACCUCUCCAUAGCCGAUGCGAUGGUCUCGAGUCUGAACGUAACCUUCAACUAUUACUAUAUGCUGGACAGCGACUGGAUAUUCGGCGAGCUCUACUGCAAGGUAUCCCAGUUUAUUGCCAUGCUGAGUAUCUGUGCGUCGGUGUUCACUCUGAUGGCCAUAUCAAUCGACAGGUACGUGGCAAUUAUGAAGCCGUUGCAGCCGCGGAUGAGCAAGCGACGCAAUUUGGCCAUUGCCGCAGUCAUCUGGCUCUCCUCGACGCUCAUCUCCUGCCCCAUGCUGCUCUUCUUCAAGACCGAGGAGGUGCCGGUGACCAUGGAGAACAAAACACGCAUCGUCUGCUUUCCCGAGUGGCCCGACGGACAGACGAAUCACUCCAAGCAGGAGCACAUCUACAAUAUUCUCAUCCUUGUGCUCACCUACUUUCUGCCCAUUAUUUCGAUGACGGUCACCUAUUCGCGCGUGGGCAUCGAACUGUGGGGCUCCAAGACAAUUGGCGAGUACACGACCAGGCAGACGGAGAAUGUGCGCAGCAAGCGGAGGGUGGUCAAGAUGAUGAUUGUGGUCGUUCUGAUAUUCGGCUUCUGCUGGCUGCCCUUCCACACGUACUUCAUCGUAACAUCCUGUUAUCCGGCUAUUACCGAGGCGCCGUUCAUUCAGGAGCUAUAUUUGGUUAUCUACUGGCUGGCCAUGAGCAAUUCCAUGUACAAUCCGAUUAUAUACUGCUGGAUGAAUUCCCGUUUCCGCUAUGGCUUCAAAAUGGUUUUCCGCUGGUGUCCCUUUGUGCAUGUCGGAGCCGAAUCGUUGAACCGUCGCGAGAAUCUAACCUCGCGCUACUCCUGCUCCGGCUCGCCGGAUCACAAUCGCAUCAAACGGAAUGACACGCAAAAGUCCAUGCUCUACGCGUGCCCCAGCUCGCCCAAAUCGCAGCGCGUUUCGCACUGUGGUGUGCUGCGCAACGAGGGUCGCCAUUCGAUGUCCGUGCAGCGUGGCCAGAGAUCGUCGUACCAGCAGGAAAUGCAGCAACGCUGCACCGGCGACAAGUCGAGCAGUUCCCUCAGCUCAACGGUCACGGAAUGCCGCACCACGCAGCUGCUCUCCUGACAGCCCGCCCAGGCCGCAGCCACAGUCACAGCCACAGCAGACGGGGAUAGUUCCGUGGAGCUCCUCCAGAUGCAGCUGGUCUGCAGCUCCAACAACGACUAUCGACGCGGCAUCAACACAUCUGCAGCUGAUGAUAGGACCUGGCUGUAGGUCUCUUCUUCUUCAUCUCGUUAUCUCUCGAAUUUAGCCUAAGCAAAAAUAAAAGAUAGAUAGACCUACAACCAGCUUCAAAAGGUCAACAGGGCGUAUGAGUUUCAAGUUGAUUCGAAUCUUAACCUCAAGUUGAUUUGAGUCUCAGCUUCAAAUUAAUUCAAUUCUUAACUUUAAGUUGAUUCGAAUCUGAGCUUUGAGUUGAUUCAAAUCUCAGCUUCAAGU